AUGAGAUUCUCCUACAUUUUAGCUUCUGGUUUAUUUGCUUUAUCCACACAAGCUGCAGCUAUUCAACCUGAAGAAGUUGAAAAAAGAGCUGCUGUUGGUGUUGCUGCUCAUAUUGCUACUGAUAUCUUACAUUUAGUUGGUUUAGCCGUAGGUGUUGAUGUUAAUAUUAGAUUCAAGAGAGAAGAUGUUGAAAAAAGAGCUGAUGAAGAAGUUGUUAAUGCUUUAGCUGCUGAUAUUGUCAAAUUAUCUGGACUUGAAUCAGCUUCUGAUGCAACUAAUGCUUUAGCUGUUGACAUCUUACGUUUGUCCGGCCUUGAUGCUACUACUGCUGCAGCUGAAAAAAGAGAAGAAAUCUCUGUAGCAAAGAGAGGUCUUGUUAAUGUGUCCAGUGCUCUUUGUCUUAAUAUCUUGCAAUUAAUUGGUCUUUCAAUUGGUGUUAACGUUAAUGUUGGUAAAAGAGAUACCGUUGAUGUCAACUCUGAUGAAGUUGUUGAUGUUUUGAAAUUGAUUCAAUCUCAAUUAACUGCUGAAUCUGCUGAAAAAUUAAAAAGGAGAGGUAUUGAUAUUAGUCAAUUAGCUCAAGAUCUUCCAAUUAUUGCUUCUGGUGUUAUCACUGCCGUUGAUGCUAUUGCUGACGGUGCUCUUGCCGCUUUGGUUUAA